CAAGCCCUAGAAAUACCAGUCGGGUUGAUAUUUAGCAGGAACGAUGUUGAUCGCAAUUCUGUUCCCGUGUCUUCGCCGCAAACAGCUCAUCGCUGUGCUGUUUAGCGUCCUCGUGCUUACCCAAGAUGUCCUUGGUCAGUCUACGGCAGAGAAAAGCAGAAGAAAGCGCUACAAAAGCUCAUUCGAAGGUCUCUUUAAAGGAGCGAGAGAGAUAAUCAAAAGCAUGACCUUAAUGGCUGAUGUGAAAGACAAGGAACUCCAGACGACAGCGCAAAAGGCUCUCCAAUUCGCUAAAGCUAAUCCUGAUAAAAUUGCUCUUGCUGCUGCGAUAGCAGCCUCCUCGUGGCUUUUAUACGAUAGCAUUACAAUCGGAUUCGAAAUCGAGGGAUUUUUCGACGAGGUCCAUGAGCUAAAAGGGCAAUUCAAUAAAUACAAAAUGAACACAAUACCAAGGCUUCAGGAAGUUUUCAAGAAACUGCAAAGCAAAGAAAGCUUGAAGCAUGAUCAGCUGAAGGAAUACCUUCGCAAUAUAGCCAAGGAAUUGGAUCAGUACUACGAAGAUCUUCAGAAUAUCAUCGACACAGUCUUAUAUGACGUCAACACCGCUAAGCCCGAUGCAGUCAUCAAUGCAGCCUUGUCUGGUGCUUUAGCUGUUGGUGCAGCCACUGCUUUGAUAGCUGGGGGUCCUGUGGUCUUGUCUUUAAGAAUGUACACUGCAGGCUGUAUGGUCGUUGGAGGCAUUAGUUCAGCUGGUACAGCACUAUCACUGAAGAAUGCCCAUGACCUGAUGAGAGUCGAGGAGAAACUGAAAACUCUAAAGUCGGAGGUUAUGGAGCUUCGGAACCUGGUGAAUAAAAGGAUGUUGGAUAUCCUAUUGUUCGUGUGAAGUAAUGCCGCCAUAGUGAUAGGUGUCAUAACAUUUGGCGGCCAACCUCACUGAAAACACUGCUUUGUAGACUAACAUUUGAUUGCGUUAUUAGGGGCACAUUAUGGGGCUUUGUAGACUAACAUUUGAUGGCAUUAUUAGGGGCACUUUAUGGGGCUUUGUAGACUAACAUUUGUUGGCAUUAUUAGGGGCACAUUAUGGGGCUUUGUAGACUGACAUUUGAUGGCAUUAUUAGGGGCACAUUAUGGGGCUUUGUAGACUAACAUUUGAUGGCAUUAUUAGGGGCACAUUAUGGGGAUUUGUAGACUGACAUUUGAUGGCAUUAUUAGGGGCACAUUAUGGGGAUUUGUAGACUGACAUUUGAUGGCAUUAUUAGGGGCACUUUAGGGGAAGGGGGCUACGGGUCUGUUUAGGCUAUAACUGUAACCGGAAUUUCAGAGAGUUUAGUCCAUGCAGGCAUACAAAUCUGUAAUAAAGAGUCACCCCUCGUC